AUGACAGCAGAAAUAUUUACUGAAUGGUUUAACAACUGCUUCGUUCUUGAAGUAAGAAGAUAUAUGGAAGAUAAAGGUCUUGAGUUUAAAAUCCUUUUACUUAUAGACACUGCAUCCGGUCAUCCAGAUUUGGAACACCCGAAUGUAAAAGUCGUAUUCUUACCACCAAAUAAAACAUCGCUGAUUCAACCGCUUGAUCAGGGUGUAAUUUCAACAUUCAAAUCAUAUUAUAUCCAACGAACAUUUGAAUAUAUUAUAGAUGAACUAGAAAAAGAUGGCACACUUUCAAUCUUUCAAGCAUGGAAAAAAUUUACUAUAAUUAACUGUGUUAAAUAUGCUGCCUUGGCUUUAUCCAAAUCAAAGCCAUCCACCCUAAAUGCAUGCUGGAGAUCAAUUUGGUCAGAAUGUGUAAAAACUAAAUAUCUCAUAUCUAAUAUAAAUACAGACGAAUUACAUUCUAUUAUCAUCACUUUGUCACAUCAGAUUGGCAGAGGAGAUUUUAAAAAAUUAGCAUUUGAAGAUAUUGCAGAAUUGACAACUCACGAAGCUCCUAAUGAAGAACAAUUCAUAGAGAGCAUUUCAGAGAAUUUAUAUGAUUCCACGUUAGUUUAUAGUAGUGAUGAUGAAGAAGUGGUUCCACUACUGCAAGUACAAUUCUAG